CAGUAGCUGAUCGUUUGGUUAGAUAUGAAUUUAAAGGAAAUAAUGGCUACUUCAUAUUUUCUGUCUGCGUUACUUCUGAGUAUGAAUAUGGGUAUGGUCAUGGUCAGUGGUGAUCCUUAUUGUGGUCCAAUUGAAGCUGAUGAUAAGGAUCUUGUUCAUGUGGCUCUCAACUUGGAAUUCUUAGAAGCUGAAUUUUUCCUGAUUGCUGCACUUGGCAAUGGUCUUGACUCUAUAGCUCCAGAGCUGGCAGAGGGCGGUCCUCCUCCUAUUGGCGCCAGAAAGGCCGACCUUGACGACCUUACCAAUCGAAUCAUAGAGGAAUUCGGUUACCAGGAAGUUGGUCAUCUCAGAUCAAUUAUAACAACCAUUGGUGGAUUCCCAAGGCCUCUGUUGGAUCUCAGCCCUCAAAAUUUUGCCAACCUAUUUGACCAAGCAGUUGGUUUCAAAUUGGAUCCUCCAUUCAACCCAUAUGUGAAUACAAUCAACUAUCUCUUAGCAUCCUACGCUAUUCCUUAUGUAGGACUUGUAGGUUAUGUUGGCGCUAUACCGCAACUUCUCAGCUACACUUCUCGAAGAUUAGUUGCGGGGCUUUUGGGAGUGGAAUCUGGACAAGAUGCAAUAUUGCGAGCGUUACUAUAUGAGAAAGCUGAUGAAAGGGUGUUACCUUACGACAUCACAGUGGCUGAGUUCACUAACUAUAUCUCCGACCUUAGGAAUCGGCUGGCCAUGUGUGGUAUCAGAGAUGAAGGACUAAUAGUGCCACUAAAACUUGGUGCCGAGAACAAGACAGAAAGUAACAUCUUAUCGGCAGAUGUUUAUUCUCUAUCGUAUGCGCGAAAUCCGCAAGAGAUUUUAAGGAUAGUAUAUGGAAGUGGUAGUGAAUACAAAGCGGGUGGAUUUUUUCCUGACGGUGGCAAUGGGAGGAUUGCAAAAGAGUUUCUUGCCAAAGCUUAAUUAUGAUGAGCUUUUACAUGGCAACACUUCUGGGCUGUGAUUCGGAAGCUUACAAUAAAAUUGAAGCUGAUGCCUAUCAGCGUGUGACCAGUUCUCGGCUAUGAGCGAGGACUGAGAAGCCAGCCAAAUAUAAGUCGAAUAAUUAAGCUUAUAGUACUUGCCAACACUUGUUUAUC